AAAUUGGGAUGUUACAAUCCAACUAUUAUGUUCAUUAUGCGGUAACUCCUCCAUCCAAUAUUCCUAUAAAUCAUGGAAUCACAGACCAGAUGCCUUCUUCCAGCAACUAUGGUCCCAUUGGAGUGUCUGCAGAUGAAUAUGCAAGGAAUUGCCACUUAAUGGAUAAUGUUAGAGGCUUGUAUAAGAGAAAGAAUUCUGAAGGUGUCCCUGGAAAUUUUCAGCUUUUUAAUGCCUCAUCAAGCUCUAGUUCCUCAAUUACACCAUUAAAUACUAGGAAUCCUGAUGGGUUGGAACGGUGGAUGCUGCACCCUUCAGUACGUCUCACUAUAGGGGAAAUGGCCCUAUACAAAUUAGAGAAGGUGGAUCUCAAAGGAGUGCGAGGAACAGAUUUGGGGCAACUGCAGUGGAUCCUGUUUUGAUGCAAAACGCCAAUCAUUAUUUUCAGGGAAAUUACUUGGGUCUGCCUUUUCAGCCAACUAUAACAGAUGGAGGUAGCAAUGUUGGUGGACCUACGGAGACUAGGCAUAGAAGUUCCACAAGGUUCUCACAUUCUCCCCUUGACCUUCGGAAUCCGAACUUCCAUCAUCCUGCACCGCCUAUUGAAGGAGUAAGGGGCCACUGCAUUAAUGUACACCCGCAAGAGGCAGCAGUUCCUUAUUACUUUCCAGUGAGUUAUACCUCACAGAGCACCAUGAAUUCUUCACAGGAUGGUUUGGAGGUGGGGCGUAGACAUUUCGGACCAGUACCACCUACUGGCUUCAGGAUAUAUCAUCCUUCCAGGGGGAGUGGUGUGUUACCUGAGACUUCUCUGAGACUCCGUAAUCUCCCUCACUUGAGAGUUCUUCCACCUGAUUUCCCAGAAUUUUACGAAGAAGUUGGGAAUCUUAUAGAUCAUCACAGAGAUAUGCGCCUGGAUAUAGAGGAAAUGUCUUAUGAGGAGUUACUCGCGCUGGGAGAGCGGAUUGGCAAUGUUAACGCCGGUUUAUCAGAUGAAACCAUCAGACGUAAAUUGAAAACAAGAUUGUAUUCGACAUUUGCAACAAAUAUUAACCUGGAAGAAGUGGCACCUGUUGACCAGGAACCUGAAUUUUGUACAAUUUGCCAGGAGGAUUAUAAGAACCAAGAGAAAACCGGCACUCUAGAUUGUGGACACGAGUAUCAUGCCGUUUGCUUAAGAAAAUGGCUGCUCGUGAAGAACGUCUGCCCCAUAUGCAAAUCAGAGGCAUUGCCCACAUAGUCCAAGAAUGCAUAGGGGCGACAUUAUCCAACAAAAAGUAAUAAACUACAUAAAAUGUUUGACGGUCUGUUUACCGUAAAUCGAUAUUUGUAGAGUAUUUUGUACAUCAACUUGUGGAUGUCUAACAGAAUCAUUUAUUUGUUGGUUGUGUAAUUAUCAACAAUUGUACAUACUUCCAUUA